AUGUCCACCAGUACCGUAGCCAACACGAACAGCGGCUUUGUGGUUGUAACCUAUGUAAACUCACCUCCAGUAGCACCUGCUGGCAGCAGUAACGUGGGAAAUAAACACGUUUCACCAAUACUCAAGUUUCUGAAAGGCCAGCCAAAAGCAUUGGGGGUUGUCCAAAUAAUGAUUGGGAUAGUGACAUUUCUGUUUGGGAUCGUAAUGGCUGUCGGGAACAAAUAUGUCUCCGUUCCUGUAAUCAGUGGGAUAGUUUACUGGGCGUCACUGAUUUACAUCAUUGCUGGAUCUCUGUCUGUUGCAGCAGAAUCCAAACUUCAUUCUUGUGUGGUGAAAGGUUCGCUGGGUAUGAAUGUGGUCAGCGCUAUAGUAGCAACACCGACCAUCAUUAUUCUCUCUACUGACUGUCUCGUUCAACUACUGAAUGAGUGCUGCAGCAGCGAAGAUGUGGUAAGCUAUAAUUUUUUUCUUUCUUUUUUUUUUUACUGCUACACCAUUUAUCAGAUGGUGCUGGUUGGGACUGAUGGAGUGCUGGCGGUUUUAUCAUUUGUUCAGUUCAUCAUCUCCAUCUGUAUCUCAGCGUUCGCCUGCAAAGCCACCUGCUGUAUCGAACCAGAGGUGAGAAUCUCAGCACCAUCUGUAUAUCUUUGA